GUUGUAUGUUUAACUGCAAACUACUUUCUGGAUCGUAGGGGGCAGCGACCACGACCUGACUGCAAACUGUAACUUCAGCUGUUGUAUUCAGAGCGGCUCCUUGCACUUAGACUGCAAAUGUGAGUGGAAUACUUGAAAAACCUACCAAAAAGUGCAAUAAAAUGGCAGUUAAUUUAAAUAAGCAUCGCGAAACCCUGCUGCAAAGUUGGAAGGACGUUUUGGACGACAAAACCGACACAAACUGGGCCCUUUUCGGCUAUGAGGGACAGACAAAUGACCUCAAACUUGUAAGUAAAGGUUCUAAUGGAAUCGAGGAGCUGACAGAAGAUUUGAAUAGUGGCAAAAUUAUGUAUGCAUUCGUUAAAAUUAACGAUCCCAAAACCUCAUUACCCAAAUUCGUGCUCAUAAACUGGCAGGGCGAGGGGGCGAACACCGUUCGCAAGGGCCUUUGCGCCAAUCACUUAAGGGACGUCGAAAACUUUUUCACCGGUGCUCAUCUGACCAUUAACGCCAGGACCGAGGAGGAGGUGGAACCCGAUCUCAUUAUUACGAAGGUCUCAAAAUCGGGCUCCGCGUACAGUUUUAAGGGCCCUCGAAGUGACACAUCUGGCCCAACUGCGCCGAUCGGUUCGACGUACAAGCGAGUCAAUCCGGUUAAGGAGAUUAACGCGAGGGAGCGCGAUCAAUUUUGGCUGAAAGAAGAACAGGAGGAGAAAAAAAGACUGGAAGAGGAGCGCGUACGUAAGGAAGCGGACCGCUUAAAACGCGAGGAGGAGGUAAAACUCAGGGAGCUUAACGAGGCGGCUCAGCGUGAACGCGUUAGUGCACUACGAAACAGCCAAAUAGCGCAGGUGAAGGAGGCCGAAAAGGUCGCGUUGGAAAGCGAGAGGAGGCGGUCGAUUGAAACUUACAUGGAGGAAGCGGAAUCGAAAGUGAACCAAAGCGAUCUGUUACGUUUGCAGAGGAAUAAGGAGGCGCAAGAACUGAUCUCCCAACGUACGAUUGAUGCACGAUCGAUCUUUGAAAAGAACACGGCAGCUGGGCAGAUAAAGCGCAUUCCUGAAAAACCUGUUAGGAAUUCGUUGCUCAAGGCGCAAGCACAGCAAAGUGAUGUUCAAGGCAUAAAUGAUGUUCAGAAAAUUAUUGAAGAGAAUACUAAACCGAUCGAAGAACCAAGUGAUGACGAAUCUGAUCAAUUCUCCACAAUCAAGCGGUCACCUCGUGACAUCGAAAAGAAGUCGGAGUUUCUCUCCGAGCCAGAAAUGAAUAUAAAGAACGGGAUCAACGAUCAGCUUUACAAGGACAGCAUUUACAGCUCGACACACAUGCAGCAGAUUACUGAUCAACAAUUUGUCGAUGAAGUGAUAUAUCAGGACUUCAGCGAUGGUCCUGGUCUUCAGGCCAGAGCUCUAUAUGAUUAUCAAGCAGCCGAUGACACUGAAAUUACCUUCGAUCCUGGUGAUAUGAUCACAAACAUCGAUCAAGUAGAUGAAGGUUGGUGGCAGGGCUUGGGACCUGAUGGCACCUACGGCCUGUUUCCCGCAAACUAUGUGGAGCUUAUACAGUAAUUUGAUACGCUUAUAAAUGCUCAUUAAUCAUUGUAUUACACUUUCAUUUCGAAGAGAGACUAUGACUUGUAAGGUGCAAUCUGUGCACAAUUUUAUACGAGAUAUUGUUGUAGCUUUAAAGUU